GCUGCCGCUACCAACACCAACACCACCAACUCCUCCGUCUCCUCUCUCGGAUAUAUAGCGAUAGCGAAAGCGAGUGACCCGGCCGCCGCGGCGGGAGUGGGCGUGGGCGUGGCGGGGACAGCGACGGGGUGCGCGGUGAUCUCGGAGGUGCGGUCGAGGUCAUGAUGGAUCACCUGAGCCUGGUGCCCUACGAGGGGAGCAGCGCCGGCGGCGGCGGGGGAGGGAAGUACAAGGAGUGCAUGCGGAACCACGCGGCGGCGAUGGGCGGGCAGGCGUUCGACGGGUGCGGGGAGUACAUGCCGGCGUCGCCCGACUCGCUCAAGUGCGCCGCGUGCGGGUGCCACCGCAGCUUCCACCGCCGCGCGUCCGCGGCGGCGUCCGCGGGGGGAGUCGGUGGUGGCGCCGGGGCGUGCGGGCCACCGGUGCUUUUCCGCCCGCCGCCGGUGUCGCACCACGGCGCGCUGCAGGGCUUCCUCCCGUCGGUGCCCCCGCCGCCGCCGCAGCUCGCGCUGCCGUACCACGCCGUGCCGGCCGCGGCGUGGCACCACGCGGCCGUGGCCGCCCGCGCCGGGUCGGAGACGCCGCCCCGGCAGGACGACUUCGGUCCCGGCAGCGCCGGCGCCACCGGUUCGGGCAGCUUCGGGCGGAAGCGGUUCCGGACCAAGUUCACGCCGGAGCAGAAGGAGCGCAUGCGCGAGUUCGCCGAGAAGCAAGGGUGGCGCAUCAACCGCAACGACGACGGAGCCCUGGAUCGCUUCUGCCUCGAGAUCGGCGUCAAGCGCCACGUCCUCAAGGUCUGGAUGCACAACCACAAGAACCAGCUUGCCUCUUCCCCAACCUCCGCCGCUGCCGCCGCCGCAGUCGCGGGCAUGAACCCUCUCAACCCAGGCACCGGCAUAGGCCUCAGCACCGGCGUCGGCGUCGGCGGCGCCGGCGACGACGACGACACCGACGACUCCCCUCCCCGCGCCGCCGUGUCGUCCCCCUCUCCUUCCCCAAUCAGCGUCUAGCUAGACACCGCAUCACACUGGUGCAGCCCAGCUUAGCUUAGCUACUAAGCUCACUUAAUCACUAGGGUUUAGCUCUAAUUUUAAACUAGCGUUCCAUCCAUUAGCCGCUAGUCAGUUCCGCGUUAAUUAACGGCCAACCACCCGCUCUGUCCCCCGCACCGCGGCCGUGGCAGCCAAAGGAAGGGCAUAUCUGUAAUUUCCUCUCUACUAGAAGUACUCUGCCGUAGUAGCUGCUGCA